AUGCCCAAGCUCUUCGGGUUGAAAGUACGAGACAUAAUCUCAACUCCCGGACACCUAAAACUCGACUCCCGCGUCGACUCUGUGAAACGUGCAUCACCCUACCGAAACUCUACCUCCGCAUCGAAGGACGCGAACAUUAAUAACAAUAAUAGAAGGAGGUCGAAACACACGAGCUUGGGGAGUCUCAACCUACUCAAGAAGCUUACUGGACGGAGGAAGUCUACAACGAGCGCUCGUCAUGCAGGCAUUAAUAGUGGCGAAGAACGCAGACAGUUAAUUGAUCAACGCAUUUCGGACCUUUCUGCCUUACUUGACGCUGCGGCUGCCGCAAAUACGAGCGAUAGAGAUAGACGCUCAAGCUGGGAUUCACACGAGAAACGUACGUCAGAGGGACAUGACGAGACGGAUAGUGCGAAUCGUUCUAGUAGCUUUCGACGUCCGGCUUUGAGGCACGAUCUUUUUGAGCCACCAGCGACAGCGAAGGAUAACACUGAACAAGUUAACGAAGUUAACAAAUGA